CGCACUGUUAUUGGAAUAAAGGGACUUAUUUUGAGUUCUGAAGAACUGGAGAGUCCUCCGCAUUCAAGCCGAGUUUCAAGCCCAAAGAAGCGCAAACUGUGUAAAAUGCCUGCAGUGGAUUUUGAAGAUGAGACGGCCGUCAAACAUGUAAAGAGUUGCAGGGCUGAUCGUCCAUCAAAGCGCUGGAGCCACACGAUAUGUAUGAGUGAUCCUGAUACAGCCGUUCUGAUUGGUGGAGAGGCUGAUGACCUGGCCAGUUGCAAAGACUCUUUAUGGAAGCUGGAAAUUGAUAAUGAUUUCUGGUUCCCCAUGGAUACCUCAUCAUCUGAUGUCAGCCCACCGAGCUCUCGUGGUCAUUCGGCAACAUUUGAUCCAGAGUCUAAAGUUGUGUAUGUGUACGGUGGUCUGGGAGAAGGUCAGCGCUAUAGUGAUAUCCAUGUACUGGACACCAUAACAUGGAAGUGGAAGCUUGUUUUGGCAAAAGGAAAUAUACCGUCAUUAGCGUACCACAGUGCCGUUGUCUAUAAGAGAGAGCUGUAUGUGUUUGGAGGAGUACAGCCCAGUCGAUGUCCCGAAGGCAAAGUUUGCAGUAAUGCAUUAUACAUCUUCAACCCUGAACAUGGUCUGUGGUACCAACCAAUUGUGGAGGGUGACCGUCCUCUGCCUAGGUUUGGACACUCCACCACACUGCUGUCUAACAAGCUGAUCAUUUAUGGUGGGAGAAAAACGGCAACCUACCUCAAUGAUCUUCACAUCCUGGAUCUUGGCUUCAUGGAAUACACUGCUGUUAAGUACGAGAAUAUGCCACCAUUGGCCCGUGGGUUUCACGCUGCUCAACCCGUGUCUGACAACAGGGUGCUGAUCAGCGGAGGCUGCAGUGCUAUAGGGGCCCUACAAGACCUCCAUCUCUUUAAUAUCGAUACCAGCACGUGGACAUCAGUGGUGUCCCCAGUGCUUUGCUCUAUGCCUCGUGCAGGCCAUAGUUUGAUUAGCCUGGGUUGUACAAAGACUUUAUCUUCAGAACUGAGGCACACGAGGGACCACCGUCACACUAGCCCCUCUCUCCAGUGCACCAUUCUAGUGUUCGGAGGAUCAGAUUGUUCUGGGACAUUUUACAAUGACACAUUCAAAUGCAUAGUUGAACUCCCUGUUUAGGAUCAGGGACGACAGGCCUUUUUAUUUAGAACUAAAAAUACUUUAGAACCAAAAAUGAUUCUAUGGAAUUCUCAAUGGGGGGAAUUGGAAUGCAAAACCACUUAUCUUUAAACAUUUUUUUAAGGUUGCAUUGUUGCAGUUUUAGCGUUAACAGCUGUCUCACAGCUACUGUUUUUAUAUUGAUUACCUUAAAAGCAAGCAAAGCAUUCUUUCUCAUUUACAUUUAGUUCAGGCUUGUAUUUAGCACAUUCAGAGAUUAAUGGCAAACUCAAUGUAUUUUUGUGCAAUAAAUGUUUUCUUUAAUUUUGCACGUAUUUGACAUGUUUGUAUUUUUGUCCACUUUGUAUAUUUCCACGCCACACAAAUUUUCCUUUGUCACUGAGAUGUAUAGCAUGGUCACAAAUCUCUGAAAGUUGCAAAAUGUGAUUACAAUCUUUUCAUCACCACAAU